AUGGUUCUGAAAUCCUCUUACGAGUCUGUGGCUCACAUUGCCCAGAACGCUGCGGACAAGGUUUUUGCUUUUCAACCCGCUCUUUCCGUUCCUUCAGACUUUUCAAAGCACUUUGACAAGCCAACUACCAUUCGCAAUGGUAAUGACGGCUUUGCUCAAAUUGUUGAGUACGCAACCGCUAACCCAUCUUCAACAAUUGCAGUUUCCGUUUCCCUCAAUGAGCUUUUUAAUGCAAUUUCCCUGCUUCCUAAGCUUGCAGGAUCUUCAACUGUCAUCCACAUCGACACUUCUUCUUCUUCUACCCCAGACUAUGGCAAAAUUGCUGCCUUAAGGCAUCUCGGCUUUGCCUUUCUCCAGUCCUUUGGCGCUGCAGACUCACAGUCAGUCGCUUUUGCCUCAUAUCUCGUAGCAAAGUCCGCUGCCCAGCCCGUUUUCCACUUUUUCUAUCCUACGGACUCGGCACCAACUUCUCCCAUCUCGGCCCAAUCGAUCCGUGAUGCCCUCACUUCUUUCAGUGCAACUGAGGAACCAGUCGUCCUUGCUGAGGCUGUUGAAGAAGCCCUGAAAUACACCAUCGUCAAGCCCUUUGAGUACAUUGGCCCCAAAAACCCUACUGCUGCUAUUGUUCUCUUCGCAUCUUCCGUCGAACCUUUCCUUCAAGCAGUUUCCCAAGCUUCUUCUGCCGAUUCUUAUAAAUCUAUUGGUAUUGUCCUCAUCCACGCCUACAGACCAUGGUCUUCUGCGAAUCUUCUUAGUGUUCUUCCUGCCUCAGUCAAGAAGCUCGCUUUGGUUGAGCAGCUUUCAAGAAGAAUCACUGCUUGGAGUCCGCUUGUCCAGGACUUUGUUUCUGACCUGACAAACAGCACACCCUCAUCCACCCCUCCUCAAAUCGUCCCCUUCCAACUCGGUGAAGUUACUCUCGACAAUGUUCGAUCCGCCCUCAAGGCCAUUGCCGCAAAUCUUAGUGCUGCUUCUCCCGUCAACAACCUUUUUAUUGGCGUCAAGCCCGAGGCAGCUCCUUCCACAGAAACAAACCCUGAGGCUCAAAAGGCUGCAAAGACUUUGGAGUCGGCUUAUACAAAGGUCCUUCACCAAAUCUUUGAAGACCAAAUUGACAUUCUCAACUCGGGUGACAAGCCUACCACUGGAUUUGAAAACACUCCGGAAUACGGCUAUGGUGCUUUCCUUGCUACCGCUGAGAAGAAGACCCAACUCGCUCACCAGGCCGAAGAGGCUGUUAAGAGCAACGACUUUGUCUCUGGUUCAAAGUCUAACCUCGUCAAGCACCUUUCUUCUUGGGUCCUUGAGUCUCGUGCUUUUACCUCUGUUCAAAAGGCCAAGCAGGCUAACGAGCAGACUAAAAAGCUCUUGGACCUGCUUCACGCUUCUGCUUCUAGCAAGACUGCCUCUGAUCUUCUUAAGAGCGAAGCUCUUUUCCCCCUCAAGUCUUCGUGGAUCAUUGGCUCUGAUGCUUGGUCUUACGAUCUUGGCAAUUCCGGUGUCCAUCACGUCAUUUCCUCGGGAAAGAACCUCAACAUGCUCAUUAUUGACUCUCAGCCUUACUCCGAGGUGGUCGCCAACAUAUCCUCUCUCCGUAAGAAAGAUGUUGGUCUCUACGCAAUGAACUUUGGCAAUGUCUACGUUGCCUCUGUUGCUGUUUACUCAUCUUACACUCAGCUCCUCCAGGCUCUUCUCGAAGCUGAAGCCUUUGAUGGCCCUUCAGUCGUCCUUGCCUACCUCCCCUAUUCUACUGAAACUGACUCCCCUGUCACUGUUUUGCAGGAAACUAAGCGUGCUGUCGACUCUGGUUACUGGCCUCUUUACCGUUACAACCCUAAUCUCGAGACUGAAUCCUUCAAGCUCGAUUCUUCUCGCAUCAAGAAAAAUCUUAAGGACUUUUUGGACCGCGAAAACCACCUUACUCUUCUUUCCCAACGCAACCCUACGUUUGCCAAGACUCUUUCUGAAAGUUAUGGCACUGAAGUUCGCAACCAACAAAAGCAUCGCGCAAAGGCUGCUCUCCACAGCCUUCUUGAAGGUCUUUCUGGCCCUCCUCUUACUGUUCUUUUCGCUUCUGAUGGUGGUAACGCUGAGAACCUGGCCAAGAAGCUUGCUCGUCGUGCCAAGGGCCGUGGUGUCAAGUCUGUUGUCAUGGCUAUGGAUGAUUACCCCGUUGAGGACCUCUCUUCUGAGGAAAACCUUAUCCUUAUCACCUCUACUGCUGGUCAGGGUGAGCUCCCCCAGAAUGGUCGCAACUUCUGGGAAGCCAUUAAGGGCUCCACUGAUUUGGACCUUGCUACUGUGAAGUACUCUGUCUUUGGUCUUGGUGAUAGCCAGUACUGGCCCCGCAAGCAGGAUAAGCACUAUUACAACAAGCCUUCUAAGGAUCUUUUCAACAAGCUCCAGCUUCUUGGUGCUUCUGAGCUCGUUCCUCUUGGCCAGGGUGACGAUCAGGAUCCUGAUGGAUACCAGCAAGGCUACAAUGCUUGGGAGCCUCUUGUCUGGACCGCUCUCGGUGUUGACAAUGUCGCUGCUGCUGAUGAACCCCCACCAAUCACUAACGAAGACAUGAAAGCUGGCUCUGACUUCCUUCGUGGUACCAUUGCUGAAGCUCUCAAGGAUGAAUCAACCGGUGCCAUUUCCGCUGUUGACCAGCAGCUCACCAAGUUCCAUGGUAUUUACAUGCAAGACGACCGUGAUAUCCGUGAUGAGCGCAAGGCUUCUGGCCUCGAGCCAGCAUACUCCUUUAUGGUUCGUGUCAGACUUCCUGGUUGUGUUUCAACUCCUGAGCAGUGGCUUAAGAUGGAUGAGCUUGCUGACGCUUAUGGUAAUCACACCAUGAAGAUCACCACUCGUGGUACCUUCCAGCUUCACGGUGUUAUCAAGAAGUUACUAAAGCCUGCUAUCAGAGGUAUGAACUCUGCACUUUUGGAUACUGUUGCUGCCUGUGGUGACGUUGACCGUAACGUUGUUGCUGCUGCUCUUCCCAACAAUAAGAAGAUCCACGACGAGGUUGUCAAGUAUUCUUACCUUAUCAGUGAACAUCUCCUCCCCCAGACCACUGCUUACUAUGAGAUUUGGCUUGAAGGUGCCGAUGAUUUGGAUCAGGCCGGUUACACUGAGACUUUCCAGAGCAGACCUGAUGGUCCUAAGAAGAAGAAGGUUCUUAUUUCUGAGAGCACUCUUGUUGACCAGGAACCCCUUUAUGGUCCUCUCUAUCUCCCCCGCAAGUUCAAGAUCAAUAUUGCUGUUCCUCCUUACAAUGAUGUUGAUGUCUUUGCCCACGAUAUUGGUUUGAUUGCUAUUGUUGAGGACAAUGAACUUGUUGGCUUCAAUGUCUAUGCCGGUGGUGGUAUGGGUACUACUCAUAACAAUAAGAAGACCUACCCUAGAAUGGGUUCCAUUCAAGGUUUCGUCACUAAGGACAAGAUCAUUGAUGCUUGCGAGAAGAUUAUGCUUGUCCAGCGUGACCAUGGUGACCGUAAGAACCGUAAGCACGCUCGUUUGAAAUACACCAUUGACGAUAUGGGCAACGACGUUUUCCGUUCCAAGGUUGAGGAGCGUCUUGGUUACUCUUUUGAGCCUGAGAGACCUUAUCACUUUGAGUCCAACACUGAUCAGUUUGGCUGGGUCACUGAUGAGACUGGUAUGCACCACUUCACCACCUUUGUUGAGAAUGGUCGUGUUGAGGACACUCCUGAGCUUCAGUUCAAGGCUGGUUUCCGCGAGCUUGCUACCCUGAUGAAGGGUACUGGUGCUGAAUUCCGCUUGACUGCUAACCAACACAUUCUUGUUUCCAAUGUUAGUGACGAACUGUUACCAUCCGUUAAGGAAGUUAUGGCCAAGUACAAGCUUGAUAACACUGCCUUUUCCGGACUCCGUCUGUCGUCCGCUGCCUGUGUGGCUUUCCCUACAUGUGGUCUCGCUAUGGCCGAAUCAGAAAGAUACCUUCCUCGUCUUAUUACCAAGCUUGAGGAGGCUCUUGAGGAGUACGGUCUCCGUCAUGACUCCAUUGUUAUGCGUAUGACUGGUUGCCCUAACGGUUGCGCUCGUCCCUGGAUGGCUGAGAUUGCCUGCGUUGGUAAGGCUUUUGGCGCAUACAACUUGAUGCUUGGUGGUGGUCACCGUGGUGAACGUAUCAACAAGCUGUACCGCAGUUCGCUUAAGGAGGAUGAGAUUUUGGCUGAGCUUAAGCCCAUGUUUAAGCGAUGGUCUCUUGAGCGUCAUGAAGGCGAGCCAUUUGGUGAUUGGGUCAUUCGUGCUGGCAUCAUUGCUGCUACUAGAGAAGGCAAGGACUUUUGGGAAAAUGUUGCUGAAGAAUAA